UAUUCUUUGGCAAGGUCUGUUGUGUUGAUUGCUUUAUUUGGAAAAGAACCCUAAUCAGAACAGCAGAAAUCAAAUAUAAAUAAAAGGCGGAGAGAUGGCUCCCGGGGCAGGAGGCGGGGGCCGCCCCACCGGCACCGUGCCCAAGACCAAGAUGUACGACCCCGCGCGCGACCAGCGUCGCGACCACGGUCCGCCGCUCAACCACUUCUCCAACAACCUGCUGGGGCUGGACUGGCAGGACGCCCACUACGACCGGCGCACCCGGAAGAACAGCAACCGCUCGUUCUCGGACCACUGUGAGCCCAUGGACGACGGAGGCAGUUCCCACGACAACCGCUGCAACUCGUCCUCCUACACGCCUGAUGGCUGCCAGUGGUCGAGCCCGGGGCCGGCGCCCCCGGACACGGACGCAGCCGUCCCGGCCAGGGAGCAUGCACACCGCAACUCCAUCAGGGACAAGAGCAACAUCUCCAAGACGGCGGACCGCAGCGAAGUGGUGACGCGGCUCAACCAGAUCUGCGACUACAUCAAGCAGACCUCCUGCCUCAUGGACACGCUCAAGAACAGCGAGAACUCCAACUUGGUGGAGCUGGAGAGCACGGGCUCGUCGACCCGGGGAAGCGUGGGUGUCAGCCCCGGGUCCAACCUGAGCCCGAGCCGCGCUUCGAGCCAGGGCCGGCGUCAGUCUGGUAGCGAACGUGACGAGCUGCGCAUGAAGGUGGAGGAGUCCCAGAGGAAGUUGCAGGCCCUGCAGGAGCACCAGGCCGCGCUCGCCGCGCUGCAGGACAAGGCACGUCAACAACUGCUCGAGGCACGGCAGGAGCAGAGUGCGCUGAUGGUGCGCUGCUCAGCGGACGACGCGGAGGAGCCCUUGGAAGAUGCUGUGAAGCUGGACCAGCUGCAGCUGCGGCUCCAGAAUCUGGCCGAGAUGUGCCACGACAGGAACCAGCUGGCGGUGCAGCUGGGAGAGGCCAGGGCUGAGGAGAUGCUUCCCGAGCAACUGGCUCUGCAGAACAAGCUGCAGCAGCUGCAGAGCAAGAAGCAGCACAUGGACCACCUGGUGUCUGCGCCCCAGGCCGCUGCCGUCGCUCCAGAUGCCGCGCCGGCCAGGGACAAGGUGGCGGAGCUGAGCGUGAUGAAGCAGCAGCUGGCGCACCUCAAGGAGCUGGUGGCGAGCGUGGAGCACGGCAAGGAGGCGGGGGAGCGCGGCUCGGAGGAACAGGCUGUCAACCUGCGCAGGCAGAACGUGCAUGGUGGCAGCACUGGUGAUGAUCUGGCCACCGACAUUCACGUCAGGACACAGAGGCUGAGGGACGCUCAGGGCCGGCUGCAGCAGCUGCAGGAGCUCAUGACGCUCGUGGGGGACGCCCACGCCAGCGGCCGCCCGCUGCCGGACCACUGCCUGGAUGCGUUACUGCAAGAGUCCUCCGCCUGCCCCGUCAGGCCGGGCUUGGGACCGGACGUGACCCUGGACAAGAACGCUGCUCUCCACAAGGACUUGUACCCUGCGCUGCGCGAGAAGAAAACCAACUCUCAGUCUCAGCGCCAGCUGCUGGCGUUGGAGCUGCAGGCCAAGCGGCUGGAGCUGGAGGCCCUCAUGAGCAAGGACCAGGGGCUGCCGUGUGCCGUCAACCACGACAAGACUCGCUCCAUGGACACAGGCUACGUGGACGGCACCACCAGCACCACCUGGGGCAGCACCACCCAGGACCUGGCCGACCGCAGUCUCUGCUACUCCAGUGACGAGGGCGGAGAAGAGGAGGAGGACGUGGAGGUGUGCCCCAGCGUGCAGAUGAGGGUCCGAGCGCAGAGGGAGCCGGCCCCCUCCAGGGAACCUCUCCACAUGUCGCUGUGUCUGGACUCCGCGCCCAGCACCCAGCCACACACCUCUGGAGACGGCGCGGCACGCCCGUCGUGGCUCGCGCCCCAGGACGCAGCGAGCAGCAAGGCCGUGCCGCCCACGAGCGACUACGCACCACCCAGCAGCACCCUCUCCGGAGGUGCCCCUAACAACGUGUGGAAGCCACCGCAUCUCCAGGGGGACGGCUGGGGCGUGGUGUACUCUCCGCUGCCUGGGGACUCGUACUACCAACACCUGCUGGCCACCAGCCAGAUGCAGCAGCAGAAUAUGGUGUUCACCAUGCUGAACCAGUGCUGCCAACUGCUGUGGCUGCAGCAGCGCGAUCUGCAGGCCCUGCGUGCUGCUGUACACUCGCUGCAGGAGCGGGUCUCGGGGGCGGGUCCCGGCACGGAGCCCGCGGAGGCCGCUCGCUGCGGCAUGGCCGGGUACGGGCUGUUCCUGCCCGCGCAGGAUGAGGCCCAGCUCAACAACUGCUUCCCCAGCACGCCCGCGCUGAACAACCAGGUGCCGCCCGGCAACCGCGCCAACAACUACUGGGACAACUUCCGCAGUUACUCGCGCCAGAACCUGCUGUCGACGGGCGCGUCGAAGAGCAACGAGGGCCCGGGGGCGGCCUCGCACAGCCCCAGCCCGCUCGUGGAGCGCUCGCACAACUCGCUGCAGGGUCCGGCCCUGUCCCUGGGCGCGGCCGCCCUGCCCGUCCCGCCGGAGCGGCCGCCGUCCGCAGGGCGCAAGGACAAGCUGAACACGGACCAGACGCAGCGGGGCCGGGCCGUGAAUCAGCGUGCCGCCGGCGCUGCCUCCGUCGCAACCACGGCCGCCGUCAAGAAGAGGAGACACCCCGCCCCCAAGAUCACCUCCCUGCCCCCUCGCAACACCCACAAUGGCAGUGCUGGCGCUGGCGUCUGCUACCUCAGGGACGACAGCUCGCGCCCAGUGCACGAGGAGGUGACUGCACUCAUAUCGGCCAACGAGAGCCGCCCGGACUUCUUGCUGCAACUGUUCCGUGAGCUGCGCUCCCUCCACUCGGACCCUCUGAGGCAGAGCGCGCCUCGCUCCGUCCUCCAGCCACGGCAGUUCUCACCACUCGACGUUCCUGCAGAGAGAGUGGCUGCUGCUUCCGCGCCCCCGAUCGACGACGUCAAGGUCAGCGACAUGAAGACGUGCACCCCGGCUGCGGACUGGAUGUUCUCCGGCCUGCUGGUCGACAAGGGACCCUCCGCCGCUGGCGACCGGCAGGAGGAGAACGGACCGGUGCUCCCGGAGCCUCUACCGAGGAACGCUGCCUGGAAGAUGAAGGAACUGCUGACGGUGUCUCCAGAUCUUCAGCUGGUGAGUGACACGGCUGGAUGCCUGCGGUGGUUGGCGGGAGACUGGAGUGUCCCGUGCGUGGUGUUGCAGCUGGCCCAGGGGCAGGGACACGCACACGCAGACUGGAGCGUUCAGAGCGUGGUGACGGAACUACGCCCGCUGCUGCGAGCCCAUUAUGACGACACCUGCACACCAGCGCUGCUGGAGACCCUGAGAUGUGCCGUGGUGAGGCUGCUGCCGGAGCAGUGCAGCGACGCGUACUGCUGCAGCCAGCUGGACGUCCUGCUGCGUGACGCCUUCCUGCCCUUCCACCACUGCCGGCUGGGCAACGUGGCAGAACAGUUGCUGGUCGUGGUGGCAGAAGUGCUGCAGGGCGAGCUGAGCUUCCUGGCGCAGGCCGGCCAACUGUGCAGACCCCCGUCGCCUGCUACUGUCUUCACGGGGGAGGAUGCGAGCGGUGUGCAGCACGUAGGCGAGACCCACGCCUCGCCACUGCUGCUGGACACUGCCCGGCCAGGACCGGUGGUCGGCGCAGCGGAGCUGUGCAACGGAGACCUGGCGGAGGCCGACCAGUCGUGCCGUGCCGGCUGCGACACGGACGCUAGCUGCGAUGCAGAGGCAGCUGCGGUGGAGGAGGUGGGGGUGUCGGAGGCGAGCGAGGAGACUCAGGCCCUUGUCAACGGCCACGCCAACAGCGCGCCUGAGCACGCUCAACCUGCCACAGAGGCGGCGGGCGAGGAGGCGGAGCUUGCACGGGCCGACGACCAGGAUUGGACGAGCCGGGACUGGACACCACCUCCCCCCAUCACCCCAGGUGCCGAGUUGCCCUGAUGCUUGUGCCACUGCUGCUGGUCGUAGCCUCGCCCCAGCCUCACCUGUAGCUCAUGUCCUUCAAAUUAAACUAUUGCUUUCAAACGAUGAA